AUGAAACUUUGUUUUCUCGUCACUCUUGCUAUCUCUGCAGUCUCGCCACGCCAAGAGCAAUCGACUCUGUCAUUUUCUUCUCAAACUGAUCAUAAUUUCACAAAACUUCAGAGUGCUGCGCUUUCAUCAACUAAUUUGCAGGACAGUGACGAUUUUUAUGUGUGCGGUUCUAAAGUAUUUGGCAUGGAUGGUCGCUAUGUGCUGCAGCCACCUGAUGUAGUACAGUCAGACAUAUACACGCCUGUAUUUGCCAAAGUAAAUCAAAACCACGCUGAUGCUUUGACAGAUUUCCGACUAUAUCGACACAAUGGUUUCUGGCUGAUUGCGAAUGUAGAAUCGUGGCCACCUGUGACCCACUUUCGAUGUGAUCCUACUAAGUCACAAGUGUUUGGAGUUGACAUUUUGGAGUUGUGCAGAUUUGGAAAGCAAGUUCCACCACGCAGUGGUUACACACCUGCUACUCCGAGACAAGGUAACAUUUUACUCACAUUACACCACCAAGUCUGCCAGAGUUAA